AUGGCUUUCAACUUCAACUGGACGCCCUUAACUACAUCAAACACCUCAUCCAGUGCCUUCUACUCGCACGCAAAAUCCUUGCUGACCGCUGCAUUGAACAAAUCCCAGAAGCCGCCCAUCAUUGUCGAUGACAUAUUCGUCGAGGAGCUGAACCUUGGCCAGUCGGCGCCCGAGCUGGAGAUUCUGGAGAUUGGGGAUCUGGCGGAGGACCGGUUUCGCGGCAUUUUUCGUAUGAGCUAUGAUGGGGAUGCUUUUUUGACAUUGAGGACCAAAGUUCAGGUUUGUUUCAUCGCUUAAUGGUUUCCGCCGUUUUACCGGGCUGUUUGCUUGUGCUAACGAAUCAUGUGCCCGGUAGGCAAAUCCGCUAAAUACUUGUCUAUCCACUACCCCCUCCUAUACCUCGCCUAUGCCACUCGCUGCAUCUUCGCCCUUGACCAUUCCCCUACAAAUCACUCUCUCGCAAUUCCGGCUCUCCGGUUUUAUCAUUCUGGUUUUUUCCAAGGCGAAGGGGGUUACACUGGUCUUUCGAAAUGAUCCGCUGGAGUCGCUCAAGGUCUCGUCCACAUUCGACACUAUCCCGUUUAUCAAGGACUACCUGCAGAAGGAGAUUGAAAGGCAGGUUCGGGGACUGUUCCAGGAGGAGUUGCCGGUAGCGGUGCACCGGUUGUCACUGCGGUUAUGGAACCCCGAGUAUGCUGCGUCGUUGGGUCUUGAUGCUCACGAUCCGGACCCAUCUUCUCCGAUCGAAAGGAGCGAGGAUGGAAGCGGGGAUGACGCUAAUGCGGCAUUUACAAAUCCAUUGUUGUCGCCUAGCGAUAACCCCGAUACCCCGUCGAUUGUGUUCUCGCAAAAGAACCUGGCCGCAUUGAAAGCGCUCUCGGAGGCUCAGAAGACGCUGUCAAUGCGCACUCCGGAUAUAUCUCACGCUGUAUUCCGAGUGUGGGCUUCCGGCGGCGGUAGCAGCUCUGCGGGCUGGGAAAGGAACGUUGACGCACCCAGCACCCCGGUGGGUUCACAAGCGUACACAUUUUCGGAUACCGGCGAGGCGAUAAGUUCCCCCGCGAGCAUCUCCUCCUCAAGACACAGCCUCGCUUCGUCGAUGUCCCUCGGGGGAGGGGCAUCCACACCCAGCACUCGAGCCCGCGGGAAGAAGAGGAAACACCGGGUUGUUAACCUCCGCCCAGCCAAGGAAUCCCCACACUCGGAUCCAGCACCUGAUAAACCUACCACAGUACCCACGCAGGCCACCUCCUCCUCCGCAGAUCGAAAGGAAGAAGAACUACCGACUCCGCAAACGCCCACAUCCCCCCAGCCCCAACUCAUCCUGAGCGCACCAGCCACCACCGCCUCCCCUUUCUCCCAAGAAGAAAAGAUAAUCUUCGAAUCACCGAUUUCCCCAACCUCGUCCAUCGCUACUGAGAAUAUCACCUACCCCCCAACCUCCCCCUCUGAGAACCGCCGCCCACAAUUACGUACUGGGUCGGCAUGCUCUUCGGGCAUACUCGAGCAGGCGUUUAUGAAGAAACUAGCCAACGAAAUGCAAAAAAGGAUUGAAGAGGAGAGAAGGAAGAGAGGAGUCAUGGGUGGGGCUAGCGGGAAGAUGUGGUGCGACGUGGAGAGGGAAUUGGCGGGCGUGGGGUUGGGAAUUGGAAUGGGCAUGGGCAUGGGAAUGGGAAUGGGGGGUGUUGGGGCGCCCCCGGCAUACCGACAGUAGGUUUGUAAAGGAGGGGUCUAUCUAUUUUUUCUCUUUUAAUCUCCUCUCACUCGUUUGGUUUCUUCGGCAUUUUUUUCCCCUCUUUUUUUUUUGUUGAUUGCUAGGAGCUUGUAUCGUAGAUUUGUGUAGGCGGGGGUUCUUGGUUUAUACCUCACCUACCGGUAGGUACUCUUUUGGUUUACACUCGCGUUGCGUUGUGUUGGUACCACUCAUUCACUCAUACAUCGGCCUGACGUGCCUUCCCUCCCCCUUUACUUUUUUCUUGCUCUCCCGUUUGUCUCUUGCACUGGUGUAAUGGUUCUUUCUCCUAUAAUAUUAUCAUACAUUUUUCAUCUCUAUUUCUACUCUUAUUCCAUUUCAUUCAUUUCUUAUGUCAGGGUUAGACGGCUUGCUUGCUUACCAUGUUAUACUACUAAAAGUUUCCUUUUAUUUCUCUUUAUUUUUCUUGGUAUCUGUAUUUGCGUUUGGGUGUUGGCGCUGGGAUAUAUUCGGGGAGGGAGGGGGGGGGGGAGAAGGAGGGUUGGGCUAUGGGUACUUUCUAGGUGUCAUCUUUGAUUAUUCGAGCGUGGUCUCUGGUAGCUUGGUCGCGGCUCUGGACUACUAGUAGUUAUGAUACAGAAGAGAGGUAGUUGGUUCACUGAGCGUCACUGGCCGAGAUCGCCCGCACUAGUAGUUGAGCAUGCAAGAUGAACAGGACUGCACGAUAGCCCGGACGCACCUUCACCGGCUUUCAAAAGCUAGAGCGCCACAGAGCGUCAUAAGUUACCGGUACUUUCAGAAACGAAAAACAAAUAGACACAAUGUUCCUGUGCAUGGUCGCAGAGUAUCCGAAACCCCCAGAGAAAUAAUCCGUGUUCCUAGCGGCCCGGCCCGCCCCUCGUGGGCGUAUGUCGUGCAGGAAGGUGGGCUAGAAAUUCACCUUUUCCGUGGUUCCGCGAUGCCCUGCCAGACCGACCGGGUAGUGCUGGGCGUCCGGUAUGAUAAUAUUAUGAUAAUGUGAACUGCCCAGAUUGGCUGCCGCUCUGGCUGUCCUUCGCGCUUGUAUCGUAUCUUACGUCGGUGUGUUUGCCUACGGCUCACACGGAUCUCUGAUCUUGGAAAGCACGCGGAUGCGAUUUGGACGGUAGUUUAUGAAGGGUUGUUUCCCGGGGAGCGGAGGAGGAGGAGGAGGAAAGCCCAGCGCCUCUCAGCACCUGUGGGAUCGUGCAAACCUACAUGAUACCGAUCGUGUUCCUUACGUUAGAACUCACUGUGUUGUAUCUCUUGUCACUCGCUGUAAUUUUCUCUCUUGUUUGGGGAAAAGUGGGUCUUACUGGUGGGUUAUUCGUGUGUC